CAAUAAUACACAAACGGCUUCGUUUAGGCCGUUGUCUUCUCCUUUAGUUCUAAACGCUUUCACGCAUUCUCUACAAUGGCUCUCAACCUUCUUCCUUACCCUCCCUGUACCCUUUCCUCACCCCCACAAUCAUAUUCCUCUUCUUCUGCGACUUCUUCUGUACCUUUUACCCGCUACGCUUCGCCCUCUAAUUCCCUCCUAUUUACGCUCACUGCCACUCGCCCCCUCCCUUUCCGCACGAACCAUGCUCGCCGGCAUCUCACUCCCCUCAGCGCCAGCCUCUCCACCUUCGACUCUCCCUCAACUUCCGGUAGUCAUGGCAAGAAGAAGCUCCUGCUUGAAGUCAAAGAUCUCACGGCCGUGAUUGCGGAAUCCGGGAAGGAGAUUCUCAAGGGCGUCAAUCUCUCUGUCUAUGAAGGAGAGGUUCAUGCUGUGAUGGGAAAGAAUGGUUCUGGGAAAAGCACGUUUGCCAAGGUUCUUGUUGGGCAUCCAGAUUAUGAGGUAACAGGAGGGAGUGUUGUAUUCAAAGGAGAGAACUUGCUGGAAAUGGAAGCAGAGGAGCGUUCACUUGCUGGACUUUUCAUGAGUUUUCAAUCCCCUAUUGAGAUUCCAGGUGUGAGCAAUAUAGACUUUCUUAAUAUGGCUUACAAUGCUCGGAGGCGGAAACUUAACCUGCCGGAGCUUGGACCUAUUGAGUUCUAUGCGUACAUCUUUCCUAAACUUGAUCUUGUGAACAUGAAGACAGACUUUCUUAAUAGAAAUGUCAAUGAAGGAUUUAGUGGUGGUGAAAGGAAGCGAAAUGAGAUUUUACAACUUGCGGUUCUGGGGGCAGACUUGUCUAUAUUGGAUGAAAUUGAUUCUGGAUUGGAUGUUGAUGCACUUCGUGAUGUAGCAAAGGCAGUCAAUAGUCUAUUGACUACACAAAAUUCUGUACUGAUGAUUACUCAUUAUCAACGACUUAUUGAAUUUAUAAAGCCUGCAUAUAUACAUAUUAUGGAGGAUGGGAAAAUUGUGAAGACUGGAGACAUCUCGAUAGCAAAAAUUCUUGAAAAAGGAGGGUUCAAAGCAAUUUCUUAAGCAUAGCUUCCUCCAAAUAGGAGCAAAAUUAUAUGCUACGGUCAUUUUACGGACUGGCGACUACAAUUGUCUACUGCAUGAGGCUUCAUAUGUCCUACCCUUUCCACUCCAACCAUGGUUCCAUUGAUGAUAACUUGUAAUUUGAGUGUAAUACAUUUCUUAAGAAGGCAAGGCAUUUGUCAUCGUUGACCCUUUCUAUGGGCCUCAAAUUUUGAUUUGUGAAAAUUCUGCCAUAAUGCAUACUCAAAUUUUGAUUUGUGAAAAUUCUGCCAUAAUGCAUACUUUAUGAUCUUCAAAUAAAAUUGAAAUAAGAUUGUUGGUCUAGUUAUUAUAAAUUUUGGUUAUUA